GUUCCAAUAUUGUGUUCUGUGUAGCAAUGUUUUACCCGCGAAAUUUAUGUUCUGUCCUCUCUUGUGUUGUGAGUUUGUGAGAUUAUUAUUAUUUCUUCCCGUAUAUUGAUAUCCUAAUACUAACACACAUACACAUAUACACACACAGAUGAAGGUCGCGGUGGUGGUGAUAACCGUCAUAAUGGGCCUGGCAGCAGCAAUUGCCUCAACGGAACAACACACCAACCACCACAACAACGACAACAACAACAAGAAUUUCGUAUCCCAAUCUGAAGUCGAUGAAGGAGGCGAUGCUGUGGUGAAUGACGACCUGAAAGCCAGACAAUCACGGGUGUUCGCUUACUACACUUCAACCUCUGUCACCCGGCUUGCCACCACCACAAUCACCGCUCUCUCCACCUGCCUCAGUGUUGAUACCGCCGCCUGUGUCGGAAGGAAGAGAAAGUCGGCUUUUAAGAACAUGGAAUUCUUGGAAGACGUUCUACACUGGCCAGGAGAGCUGUCGGGGAGCCAAGACUUCCUGGAGGAGACGCAGGAGGGGGAGGAGGAGCCAGAGGUGAGCCAGAAAGUGGUGGAAGAUAGAGAUGGUAGAAAAUUCACCAUCUGGUCAACCAAUUUCUCCACCUUGACUGUCACCUCAACCUCCUAUCUUGCUGGUACCACCGUCACCGCCUCCGCCCUCUGUAGUGCUCCGGGUGUCACGGCUGGCUGUUUUGGUAAGAAGUAAUGGGGCCGAGUCUCAGUCUUGAGGGUCAACCUUAAGUGUUAACCUUAAGUGUUAUCCUUAAGGGCCAGCCUCUAGGGUCAACCUCAAGGGUCAACCUCAAGCGUUAUCCUUAAGGGUCAACCUCAAGUGUUAACCUCAAGUGUUAUCCUCAAGGGCCAACCUCUAGGAUCAACCUCAAGUGUUAACCUCAAGUGUCACCCUCAAGUGUUAACCUCAAGUGUCACCCUCAAGGGCCAGCCACACACAGGACGGAACACGCCCGGAGACACUUCGUUUAUUUGUUUGUUUCAUUGUUUGUUUGGACUCAUUCUCCCUUGUACAUAAUGCUCCAUUGUUUUUUAUUUAUUUAUUUAAUAAAAUGAAAAAUAUAA